GAAACAAACGUCAUACGCCGUUGACAACAAAUUGUACACACAAAUUGCACGCAGCUGGCAGCCGUCUGAUUAGCCAAGGGCCACGGUACAUUCAGUUCCGAAAGGGAAGAUUGUGGCUCUAAUUCCAUGUGGUUGAAAUCAUGUCAGCCCUCAAAAGUAACGCGUUUGUGCUGUUUACGCUCGUAGCGGUACGAAUCCAAUCCGCGCUGUGGUCCAUCAUUUCCGAUUGCGACGAAACGUUCAACUACUGGGAACCGUUGCACUACGUGCUGAAGGGUAGUGGAUUUCAAACAUGGGAGUACAGCCCGGAGUUUGCCCUGCGGUCGUACAGCUACCUGUGGCUGCAUGCUUUACCGGCCAAAAUUGUUGGCCUACUGGUGGACAACGGUGUUGUGAUUUUCUACGCGGUGCGGUGCAUGCUGGCCGUAGUAUGUGCAUUGCUCGAAUAUCGUCUGUACAAGGUUCUAGGACGAAAAUGUGGCGGUGGCGUGUGUAAUCUGUGGUUGUUUUUCCAGCUAGUGAAUGCCGGAAUGUUCAUUUCAAGCGCUGCGCUGUUGCCAAGUAGUUUUGCCAUGUACAUAACCCUAGCGACGAUUACGGCUUGGUUGAACGAUGAUGCGAAGACGGGAAUUGCUGUAACAGCAUUUUCCGGAUUGAUCGGUUGGCCUUUCGCAGUCAUUGUAGCCAUUCCCUUUGUGCUAGAGCAACUGUUCUGGAAGAAGCAGAUAGUGCGUUUCAUGAAGCAUGCACUGCUAUUCGGAUGUCUGUUUGGCAUUCCUAUAGUGUUGAUCGACAGUCUGUACUUUGGAACAUUCACAGUGGCCGCAUUGAACAUAAUCCGCUACAACGUGUUCACCUCCCAUGGGCCCGACCUGUACGGUGUUGAGCCGGUAAUGUUUUAUGCGAAAAAUCUGUUUCUCAACCAUAACAUAACGCUGGUGCUCAGUCUGUCCUAUCCGCUGGUGGUAGUGAUAGCAGCAGCGCUUGGUAUAAGGAACACGAAGAAUCGCCUUUCACCUAUGCAAGGGCUGUGGCUCAUGUCACCGCUCUAUUUGUGGCUGCUCGUGUUUGUGAUCCAACCGCACAAAGAAGAAAGGUUCAUUUUCCCUGUUUAUCCGUUCUUCUCACUAGGAACGGCACUGCUGCUGGAUCAAAUGUUCUCCCACAUGAAACGUGCGCUCGGUGCUCCCAACUCUUCCAUCGCAAACCGUACGCUGGGUUUUGCCGUUCUGGGCAUUGCUCUGUCCCUAGGGUUGUCGCGCAUGCUGGCAAACUCGAUGCAUUAUCGUGCACCGCUUACAAUUCUAAACGGCUUACCGACAACGAACCAAGAAACGAACGUUUGCUACGGUAAGGAAUGGUACCGUUUCCCUAGCAGCUUUUUCCUACCACCCAAUUACCGGGCACGCUUCGUAGAGUCCAGCUUCGGCGGGAUGCUUCCCGCAUACUUUGAGGAAACUGCAAACGGUACCCAAAUCGUGCACGAUUACUUCAACGAUCAGAACAAAGGCCAUCCGCACAUGUUGUUUGAGUUGGACCGGUGCGAUUAUCUGGUAGAUUUGGAUACGGGUGCGUUUUAUGAGGAGAAAGCCAAGGAACCAAAUUAUUCCGCCGACCGGAAAACGUGGUCAAUUGUCGAGAGUAUCAAGUUUGUGAAUGCGGCACGGUCGGAAUCGUUCGCCAGGGCUUACUACGUGCCAUCGAUUUCGUAUCCGUAUUUAGUGUACGGGAAGUAUAAUUUGUUACAGCGCAAGAAGGUUGAUUAAUCUCGGCGGGUAGUUGCCUUUCGGUGGUCACGAUAUAUUUUUAUAACCAUUCAAAGAGUUAAUGUUAUAGAUAAAAGUACGUAUAGAGUUAAGAUUAAAGACAAAAAGAAGAAAAGUGGAGAGCUUGCAUAUUGUGCGUCCACUAACAGGCGAUUUCUGUUGAAGAAAGUCAAGCGUGAUAUCUUCCCAUAGCUAGCCCGGGGGCGAGAUUAGAAGAGUUGAGCUUACCAAAAAGUGUGGCUUAGUUGAUCAAAGGAUAAAGACAAAAAAUGCAUGAUAAAAUCCGAGCUUCGUGUUUGUUGAGGACGGUACGACAAGCAUUUUUAAUAAAAGCAAGAUUCAAACUGCGAAAAA